AUGCGAUUUCUGGUUGUCGGAAUAUUUGCUGCUGCUUCUUUCAUUUCGAAGAAUCACGCUCAAAAAGUAUGUACUGUAACGCAGUUGGAACAUCUUGAUCGACCUCGCGAAUGCUCAGUUCUACAUUUGAACACAUACCUCGAAGGUCGACUAUCUCGUCAUCCAAAGCUGUACGACUACAUCAAGAACAUUGGAGAAUAUCGCUUGUUCAUGCUGAGAAACUCCACUCUUCAGAAACUCUCGGAACGUGACGUCAUAAAGCUGCGCUCUGGAGCCGUUGUGAACAUUGUGAACAACCAGAAUCUGAGAACCCUUCCAAAUUUCAAAUGGGAAGACGGUGCUGAAGUCGAAUUUACAAUUUCUAACAAUGUAAAUCUCGAUACAACCAAUCUGUUGAAUCUUCUCAAAUCAAAACACAUGAGCACUUCCGGUGUCCAACGACCUUUCUCUUGCGGCGAUACACGUGAAAAAUCCUCCGAAUGUCGUGUCAUUGAAGGAACGCUCAUCAUUGGAGACCCAAGGAACGAAGAUCUUCGCAAGCUUGAAGAAGUUUAUGGUCGUAUUGUUGCCAGCAAGACGAAUUUGACAGAACUCCCGGAAAUGCCAAGGUUAAGGAAAGUUGAAUGGAAGGGGAAAUCAAAACACCCUGCAAUCUUUAUUAAACAUAAUUACAAUCUGAAAAGCAUUCAAUCGCUCAGCCGAAUUAAGAACAUUGUGGUAGAAGAAGGAAGCAAAGCAGUGGAAAUUGAAAACAAUCCGUUGCUUUGUAUUGAACCAGAAAUUAUUGAAAGUCAAUUUGUGAAGAAAUACGCGAAGGGAAUAAAAAUGUGUGGAAACGGUCAGAGAAUACACCCUGCUCCUGUUCAAAAGCAGAGUUCAGGAAAUGGAACUAUGUGUGUAGUGACCAAAGUCAGUGACUUAGAGAAGAGUAAUAAGUGCAAAAUGCUACAUCUAGAUACGUAUUCCGAUCAGGAUUUAGCGCAUCAUCCAAAGUUGCUUAAAUUCAUUGAAGCUAUUAAAGAGUACGACUUAUUUAUUCUGAGAGAUUCUUAUUUACCAAGAAUUACGAACCUGUCUGGCAUUAAGCUGCAUAAUGGUUCGCAAGUGAUCAUAACUCAAAAUAGUAUGCUGGAAUGGCUUCCCUACUUCUUUUGGGGUAAAGGCGAUCAUGUUGAAUUCACGGUCGCUGAUAAUCCGAAGCUUGACACAAAAGAUUUGCUCAGAUCCCUUAAAUCAAGGAAGAUCAGUACUAAGAACGUUCAGCAACCUUUCGCAUGCGGUGACCUACGGGUGAACUCGUCCUCCUGUCGAGUUAUUCAAGGUCCGCUUGAUCUUGAUGAACCUAGAAACCAGAACCUUGAACAACUUGAAGAAGUCUACGGACUUGUUGUUUUGAGGAAUUCUAAUCGAGAACGACUACCUACAAUGCCAAAACUGAGAAAAGUUCAAUGGGAAGAGAAAUCAAGUUUUGCUGCAAUCACCAUCGAGAAUAAUCCCAAUUUAAAAAGCAUCGAAGAGCUUACGGGUAUUGAGACAGUUGUGGUGGGACCCGAGAAUAAAGCAGUGGAUAUCAGGGGAAACCGUGUGCUUUGCAUUGAACCAAAGAAUGUCAACCGUCCGUUCGUGAAGGAGUAUGCCCGCUAUAUUAGAAUUUGUGGAAGGAAAGGUGGCAAAUCACAAAACCAGGGCAAAAAUUCGUCAAGACAUGACGGUUUUCUACAAAAUCCGUGA